CUCGAGGGUCAUUUUUUCGAUCAGUGGGAGAUUGUGUCAAUCGUGUUUGGCUCUGUUUUGAGGUGUAUUUGCACAGCAGCAUUGGGCAUCAACGGUGGGCACUCAAAUCUCACACCUUUCGUCGAUGAAAUCCGGGGUCAAUUGUGGAUUAGCAAUCCACCAUAUUCAGCACUGAAGACGCACUGUAUUCAAUUGCUUUACACAAUUGUUUUUUAAUCCAGACCAUGUCCAUCCUUGUUAGACCGCUGAAGCGCAAGUUGCGCGAGAUUGAAGGCCUGGAGCCAAACGGCCCCGUCUCACGGUCUCAAAUCCCCAGGAAUGAUGAUUUGAAGCAAGCAACAGCAUCAGACUUAUAUAGUCAGUUCCAAGGAUUUGAUGAUUCACAUUGGACUGUUUCAUCUCGAGAAUCGAAAUCCAGUCGUCCGUCACCAGUACAUUUCGACAGUCCUCUUCAGGCGCAAAGGAAAUUUGAUCCGCAUGCGUCCAUUGUGUUAGUUGGGAUCCGCGGCACUGGCAAGUCCAGUCUUGCAGUUAUGUUGGCAGCAACAACAGGAAACAGGUUGAUCGAGGCGGACCGAUAUUUUCAGCAAGUAACCGGACGCUCUCGGGCGGUGUUCAAGAAUGAAUACGGUCUCAUGGAGUAUCGCCUACAAGAAGUGAAGGUUAUGGAAUUGAUACUUAAUGAGCACAAAAAGGGUUGCGUGAUUGUUUGCGGGCCCGGUUUUAUGGAGCGCAGCGGACAGAAGUUGCUGAGAGAGUAUUCGAAAACUCACCCGGUCAUUCUUAUUUUACGGGAUUCGGAGAGCAUCCAAUCGUAUCUAAAGGUGUAUGGCAAUGAUAAGAUACGCCGCUUCUUUGAAUUGUCUGGGCCGAUCUAUCGUGCAUGCUCAAACUUAGAGUUCUUCAAUGUAUCUGAGAAAUGCGCUGGGGAAUUUACAGGGCAACAGCUAGAAUCUGAGAUCGACCAACGACACCAAACCCCUACACCAUUCUUGACAUUGAAACGACUACAGCGCGACUUUCUUCGAUUCGUUGCGCUUGCAACUGGCGGCGCUACUGAUAUGUGCACCCAACAUGCUUCGUUCCCUCUCUCCAUGAUACCGGUCGAAUCCCGAACGUACACUUACGCUGUUUCCGUACCGAUGUCUUCACUGUUGGAAAGAUACAUGGAUAUUGAAGAUCUGGAAUGUGCAGCGGAUGCUUUCGAGCUGAAAGUCGAUACGGAGAGUCCUCCAAGGGACCCCAGGGUGGAUUCGAGCUUUGCGGAUUCAAUCAGCGAAACUGUUGCAACUAUUCGCCGCAGCAUCGUUGUCCCCAUGAUAUAUCAUGUAGAAAGCAAUAUUAACGGACAAACUAGCGGGAAUACACGGCGUUCAGGGGAAGAGUACCUCAACCUGGUACAGCAUGGACUCCGACUCUCCCCCGGGCUCGUGACAGUCGACCUGGGCUACGACGAUCAUUUGCUUUCACAGAUCAUUGCAUCUAAAGGAUCUAGCCAAGUUAUUGGGCACUAUACCGCCCGUCAGCCGCUCUCCGGAGGCUGGGAUGGCUUGGAAUGCAUGGCACUGUACGAACGAGCAAGGAGACUAGGGUGUAACAUGGUGAGGUUAUCACAGCCAGCAACGACAAUAGAAGACAACUUUGCCGUCCAACGCUUCCACCACCGAGUCAAAAACCUCCCCGAACCUCAUCUACCACUAACUGCCUACAACACCGGCCCAUUGGGUCGACUAUCCUGCUGCUUCAACCCCAUUUUAACACCAGUAGUCCACCCCUCCAUGACAUCCGAGACUACUCCAAAAGAUUUACCCUGCAUCACCAUCCGCGACGCACAAUCCGCCCUUUACUCCUCCUUCACUCUCGACCCUAUGCAAUACUUCGUCUUUGGCGCAAAUGUCAACUACUCCCUCUCGCCUACCAUGCACAACACCGCCUACAAACUAAUUGGCAUGCCCCACGUCUAUGGCAUCCACCAAUCCCCAUCCCUCCAUGGCCUCAACGAACUCGUCGAAAACCCUCAUUUCGGAGGAACAAGUGUCAGCCUCCCCUACAAAACCGAAGCCAUUCCCCUCCUCCAUUCGAUGUCGCCGCACGCGCGCGCCAUCGGCGCAGUAAACACUCUCAUCCCCAUCCGCAAUCUCGACGAGAAAGAUAACAUGAUUCUCACCUCACAACACUCCUCAUUAUACCUCGAAAAGAGCCGCGCAGGACCCAUAAAGGCUCUCCACGGUGACAACACUGAUUGGAUCGGUAUCUGCAAUUGUUUCCGGCGAGGUCUUUCCCCCGCUAACGCCGUCCGCCCUGCAUCAACGGGCCUGGUCAUCGGUGCGGGAGGUAUGGCUCGCGCAGCCGUGUAUGCGAUGAUCCACCUCGGCGUGCAGAACAUUUUCGUCUACAACCGAACCUUCGUGAACGCGGAGAAACUAGCAGAACACUAUAAUCGACAGAAGAAUUUGGCCCCAACCCCGUCGCAGGGUUACGGUCAGGGUCGUCAGACCACGGUACAUGCGUCAUUAAGAUCAUUACAAGACCCCUGGCCGGUAGGAUAUAAGCAACCGACGGUCAUUGCGUCUUGUAUCCCGGCGCAUAGUAUCUCGGGCCAACCGGCGCCUUGUUUUGAGAUGCCGUCGCAGUGGCUUGAGAGUCCGACGGGUGGUGUUGUGGUCGAACUAGCAUAUAAACCUCUCAACACACCCCUCAUCAGACAGAUGCGCUCUCUUUCCCACCGUGGAUGGGUGGCACUUGAUGGUCUUGACGUUCUUCCUGAGCAGGGUUUCGCCCAGUUUGAGCUCUUUACGGGUCGUCGCGCACCACGUCGACUCAUGAGGACAAUUGUGUUAGAAGAAUACAAGGCAGAAGAGGGCCAGGAUGAUCCCGGUUUGAUCCAAAGCAGGCUGGAAAACAUGGAUGGUCAGCCUACAUAGUAUUUAUUAUCACGAUACGAAUACGAAGCUGGUUCGGG